AAACGACAGCAACAACCUAACUUUCAUUCAAUACAAUUGCAACAUUUGGCUGUGUUUCACCAGUUAGCAUCAAUAACGACUGCAAAUACUCAUUCAAAUUGUGACAAAAUAAUUUUUUUUUUGUUGUGGCGUAUUUUGUGACAAGACAAAUGCGUUUGGAUUCAAAAAAUAACUUCAAUUCGAUCAACCUACGAAUGAAUUGAAUUAUAUCAACAUUUUUUUCUCAAAUAUACAAAUCUAAUAAAUUCAAUAGUUUUUAUUGUGGAAUUUUUUUCUUGAUUCUGGAUAAGCCUGGCAAUAUAUUUGAUCUAUUUUUCUAACAAAAAAUGUCGUACGCUUAUUUAUUCAAAUACAUAAUCAUCGGUGAUACCGGUGUUGGUAAAUCAUGUCUAUUGUUACAAUUUACCGAUAAACGUUUUCAACCGGUUCAUGAUUUAACAAUUGGCGUUGAAUUUGGUGCCCGUAUGAUUACGAUUGAAAAUAAACAGAUUAAAUUGCAAAUAUGGGAUACGGCUGGUCAAGAAGCUUUCCGUUCUAUCACACGAUCUUAUUAUCGAGGUGCCGCUGGUGCAUUGUUGGUCUAUGAUAUUACUCGUCGUGAAACAUUUAAUCAUUUGACCACUUGGCUAGAAGAUGCACGACAACAUUCCAAUUCAUCAAUGGUUACCAUGUUGAUUGGUAAUAAAUGUGAUUUAGAAUCACGUCGUGAAGUUCGCCGUGAAGAGGGAGAAGCAUUUGCACGUGAACAUGGCCUAAUAUUUAUGGAAACAUCGGCAAAAACGGCUGCAAAUGUUGAAGAAGCUUUUAUCAGUACCGCCAAAGAGAUUUAUAACAGAAUUCAAGAAGGCGUCUUUGAUAUUAACAAUGAGGCAAACGGAAUAAAAAUUGGACCACAAUUAUCUCCAUCAAAUCAGAAAUCUUCAUCUGGUAAUCAGGCACUUGGUACUGGUGGUGGAUGCUGUUAAGAUGUUCAUAUGGAUAUAAUAGACAUUCAUCGUCAUGAUCAUCAAUUUGUUCAUCCAUUAAUUUUUUAAUUUUUAACAACAAAAUCCAUUAACAAAAAUGUACGUCAUUCAUCAUGAAAUAAUCGGCAAACGAAUAAAUAACAAACAAAAUCUGUCUUUUA